GUUACGUAUUCGUUGUUUCCCCUGUUCUUUUUCUCGAGUCUUUUUGAAGGUCAGCUGUCAUGGUUAUGCAUGCUGUCCUCUCUCUCUCUCUCUCUCCACAUUUCUGCCAUGGGGUGGGUGGCUUUCCUCUAGUCCAGCAUAACUAACCCCACUAGCCACAAGAAGGCCGAUCGAGAUCAUUGGUCCUCGCCGCAGAGCAGAGCGGUGGGACUCGAUAGAUAGAUAAAUAAGAACGUUUGCCUUCUUCUUCUUCUCCACCACUCGGCUGUGAGCAUGUCGGUGAAUGGGCGGCCCCGUGUGCCUCCGGGCUUCCGCUUUCAUCCCACCGAGGAAGAGCUGCUCUGCUACUACCUGAGGAAGAAGGUGACGUCGGAGGAGAUCGAACUGGACGUCAUCCGCGACGUUGAUCUCAACAAGCUGGAGCCGUGGGACAUACAAGAGAAGUGCGGGGUUAAUGGCGCAGCUCAGCAGAGCGAGUGGUACUUCUUCAGCCACAAGGACCGCAAGUACCCGACUGGCACGCGCACCAACCGAGCCACGGCGGCCGGAUUCUGGAAGGCCACCGGCCGUGACAAGGUGAUCUACUCCAACGCCCGACGAAUCGGCAUGAGGAAGACGCUGGUGUUCUACAAAGGUCGCGCUCCACGCGGCCAGAAGUCGGAUUGGAUCAUGCACGAGUAUAGGCUGGAUGACCAUUCCCACCUCAUCCCCCGAUCCGACAUGUGUGCUGCCGUGUCGGUGGGAGAAGCGACGAACCAAGAAGAUGGGUGGGUGGUCUGCCGAGUGUUCAAGAAGAAGAAGAACUACCACCACCGCAAGGCCAUCGACGACUCUAAGAGUUCUGUCAAGACCCAGUUGCUGCGCCCCGGCGGCGGCGACGACGCAUUGGAUCAGAUCCUUCAAUACAUGAGCAGAUCAUACACGCGAGAAAGCCAAGGGACGAGCGACAACGCCGCCGACAGGGCUAGCAAUCUUAGGCCGAUCGAGACCGUCUUCGGGUGUGGCCUGCAAGAGAUGUUCAUGAAGCUUCCGCCUCUCGACAGCCCGACGACCCUCGGAUCACCCCCAAGGAACCUCCCUCCUGACCGCUCCUACGACGACCACGCAAGCUACAGGUCGCCGGCUGCGAUCCAUGCAGGCGUCAGCGACUGGGCUGCCUUCGACCAGCUGCUCGCCUCCCAGCUCGGCGGCCCUCGCCACCCAUCUCCCUCGUCCGCAACACCGCACGCUGAUGAUUACCGACACGGCGGGGACGGCGACCUCUGGAGCCUGACGGCGGCGGCGGCGGCGUCACCGCUGUUUGACCGCACCAGCCCCGUCUCUCUAUAGAGAUAACGCAAGCUAGCAAAGAGUAGCGUCGUGACCGAUCUCUCGCGAAGAAGUACAUAUGAUGAUCAGUGAUACAUCGGUAGGACAAUAUGGUGUGACUGUGAUGUACGUGCGGCUCCCUUUUCAUGUCUGCAAUAAAACUCGGUCUCUCGUUUGCCGUGAUGAUAUAUGGAGACAUCGUUAUCUCUGCCGUCGCGAAAGCAGGGAAAGGUGGGAUGGAAAGGGGAACGGAAGGAGAGAGAAAGAAGAGGAUGGCGGGCGUUGGGUGGUCAUGCAAACGCGAUGCACCGAGAAAGCCAACCAUCGCAAAGUGGCUUUCCCUGUUGGAGUACGUACGUGAAGGAAAUACAUAUGCUGAAACCAACUGUUCUUCUUCCUAAACAUCUCCUUUCCUUCCUCGCCUGCAAGCAAGCUUACGAGAGAAAUCCGGAGCAUCUUGUGGCACAAAGCUGACACUAAAAGGAAAGCUCUACAGGUCCAUCUAUCAUCAAGCACACAAAGCUCCCUAUCUGCUUCCCGAUCCAUUGCUCUCGGGGUAGGUGAGCUGGGCCAGCAGCAGCCGAAGGGUUGGAGGAGAGGACAGAGAAGUCCCUGUUAACCGAGCUUCUCAGAGGAGACUGACAUGAUCCACUUACCUCGCAUGCCGUUCCUUUUUGACUAUUAGGCCAUGGGAAUGUGACCUCCCAAGGAUUUGCUGCUCCUCGAAUGAGCAUUCCAUUCA